AUGGCCCCGGCGUGGUACAUAGUGUUCAUGCUCAUAUUUAUCUUCGCCCUGUUCAUCAUCCCGUACACCAUCUUUUUCUACGAGGAGGACGACUCGCUCGCUCUCACGGGUCGCAACGACUGCAAGAAGGCGCUGUGCUCGGCGACGAAGUACAUGGUGGGCGUGGUCGUGAUCGUGGCCCUUGUCUCGGGCAUCCUGUUCGUGGUGCUGGGACAGUCGGACGUGCCGGUUCGGGAUUUCGAGUUCGACAUGCCGGUUCUCUUGAGCACCGGAGACUUGGGCAACCGUAUCGACAUCUUGCAGGGCAACGGGGUCACGGAAGACCUGACGGUCGACCGCUCGGUGGUUUCCGAGGCCAUCAUCGACAGCGAAGACUCCGUGGUGCUGCAGCUGUCCUUCCCCGUGUUCGUUAUGGCCCUCAUGUCCUUCGUCGGCUGGAUCCUGUUCGUGUUCUUUGGGGGACUGGGUCUCGUGGGGAUCCCGAUCGACAGCAUCAGGUCGUUCACCACCCGGCCUCAGCGGCUGGACAGGGGCCAGGUGGCGGUGCUCGAGGGUGGCAUCAAGCGGCGCUGCGACGACCUAGUCUCCGUCGGCGAGCAGCUGAAGGGGGUGCGCCAGGACACCCGUGAGGCGAUCGAGGGCGGCCAGCUGCGCUUCUUGGAGAGGCGGCGAAGGAACAACAACGAGGCCAAGGAGUUUAACCAGUUCAAGCAGGCUGUUUCCCUCCUGGAAGAAGACUACCCCACCCUUGAGUUCUGCAAGGAUUAUUUCCAAAAGUUCAACCCGGUGAAGCCGUUCGCGUGGCUCCUGUUCGGCAUCCUUGCCUCAAUCAUCGCGUUGGUCUGGAUCAUCCACAUGGUAAUCUUCAUGAUCAUCCAGCCGUCGAUCACACCCUUCCUGAACGACUACUUCCUUUGGUUCGACAAGUGGUUCCCGCUGUUCGGAGUGCUCUCCGUGGCUGUAUUCUCCUUCUACCUGCUGGCGGCGUGCGUGAAAGGGUGCUUCAAGUUCGGGCUCCGGCUGGUGUGGUUCACCCUGCACCCCAUGAAGCCGAACGGGACGUACAUGAACUCGUUCCUCUUCAAUUGCGGGAUCAUCUUCAUGUGCGGGACGCCGGUGAUCCAGUUCACGGUUCAGGCUUUUUCCGCUUACUUGCGCAACACGGACGUGACCAAUUUUUUCAACGUUCAGGUUCGCUACGUGCGGUUCUUCCGAUACUUUUUCGAGAACAACGUGUUCAUCAUCGCCCUCCUCAUCCUCACGGUCUUUUCGGGCAUUUACCUGUCCUGCAGGCCAGUGGACAGCCCGGUGAGCGCGCAAAACAUCCAGGAGACCCUGAGGAAGUCGGCCGAGUACCAGUCGGCCCACUCGACGAACGGAGGAGGAGGAGCCGCGGUGUCGGACGAGAACGGCAACCCGGUUGGCUCGCAAUGACGCGUGGGUGUAUUAUUUUGAUCUCGAGAAUCGUGUUCGUGUUCUAUUCUGUCUCGGAAGAUGGGCGCGAGAGGCGUUACGGGCGCGUCGUAUCCGGCCGGGCGGGGAGGCCGCAGACAGGAUGGUGAGCGUGUGCCUCGCCUCCGCCGGAGUGUCUGCUGUGACCCCUUUCCUCUCUUGGGGCUCGUCUUUUAUUCCUCGUGAGGGAGAGGGAGGAGGGCGGGGGAAGCAGGCUAGACCGGGAGCAGCGCGUUUGUGCGACGGCGGUAGGAGUUGUACCGCAUGCCUCGCCGCAGAACGUUCUUCUUGGUGGUGUAGGAUUGUUGUUCUUCGUGCUCUCUUUCUUGGGAGAGGAAUGGCAGAAGAGCAUGCCAUGGGUGCGUGGUGUUCGUCUCCGUCUCGGCGGGGGGUUCACACCCUGGCCAAUCAAACCAUUUUGUUGUACUUUUUUGUUUUUAGAAUUGUGGGCGAUUUCGUUGAAGGCCUGCUGUACUGGGUGUUGAGGAGCGGGUAGGCCGACUGGGCACCCACCGUUCGUAGCUUGGCUGUGCUUGAAAGGGGGACUCGGGGGUUCUUCGCUGCCAAUACAAGGACUUGGUGCAUGCUUACAUUUUCGAAACAAAGCCCCUUCGGUAUUUUUAUUUCGAUCCUAUUUCUUUUUUUUUCGUGUUGAGGGGGUGUUCGCUUUUUUCGUGCAGUUUCUGUACAGAACGGAGUCGAAAUUCUGUCGGCGUUACCUGCUGGCCGGCUCGUGGUGUGUGGGCCAUCUAGUCCGCAGCGUAAGGCCGGACCGUCCAUCUUGGUGUCUUCCGUGUCGAUGGAUCUAACGAUACGCGUCAUGAUGUUGGAACCAUUGACAGGAUAGCGGGUACGUACAUGACUGGUUGAUUGGAGGACGAUAUACUCUCUUUGUUUCAGAUGUGUCACUCUCUCUCUCUCUCUCCCGGUGUAGUGUGUGUGUGUCGUAAGUGUUAACGAUUGUUGUUGGCUCUCUGUAGGCGGGAUUGGGUCAUGCCAACAUCACAAUGGGGAUGGGCUGUACUCUUGGUACCAGGCUUGGCGCGGCGGCGGCGGCGGAGUGAGUGCUUGCUCUUUGGCGGUGCUCUCUCUGCCUAGAAAAAUCGUCCGGUGGUCCGCUCUUGUUUUCUGGCCUUGCCUGCGAGUGGCGUGUAGACGAUGUUGAGGCAUUUUUUCUCUUUCGUUCGUGCUGUUUCUAUUCGAUGAUGACAACGCUCUAUCUAUGAUGAUGGUUGCAUACCUCCCCACCACCACCUGACGUGUCCCGUGCUGUACGUGCUCAAUUAGUUUGUAUCAUACUUGUAGCCAGCCUGCGUGUGGUUCGUUGUUGUCGUUGUUGUUGUUGACGUUCGUGUGUGCAUGUCGUUCGUGCGGGAGGGAGGGCGGCGGGAGAGUUGGCGGGCUGUUCGUUACGAACGGGCUGGUCGUUGCGACCAACAACAUUGUGAGCUUGUUCAACGCGCCGCUUUUUUUCUGUCACACGUUGCGGACAGUGCAGGUAUAGCGCCCGCAUUUAGAGAACCUCU